GCAUUACCCAGCACCCACCGCGGCUUUGAAACGAUGAGGCCAAGAUGGCGACUAAAACCACUACAGAGGCCCCUCCAUUCGAUUGUCCAUCAUGGGGAGGGAAACCACCAGUCGGUCUCCACCUCGAUGUGAUGAAGGGAGACAAACUGAUCGAGAAACUAAUCAUAGACGAAAAGAAGUUCUACUUGUUCGGCAGGAACCCGGACUGGUGCGACUUUACCAUCGACCAUCAGUCGUGCUCGCGCGUUCAUGCCGCCCUGGUCUAUCACAAACACUUGAAGAGGCUCUUUCUCAUCGACCUCAACAGCACACACGGUACUUUCCUUGGGCACAUCCGCCUCGAGCCGCACAAGCCUCAGCAGGUUCCCAUCGACUCCACUCUGUCUUUCGGGGCGUCCACGCGCACCUACACCAUCCGAGAGAAGCCGCAAAGCCAGGGAGGCACCGGGGAAAUUAAAAUCGGAGACGAGGAUGAGCUCAAAGGGCUUCUCGGUCUUCCUGAGGAGGAGACGGAGCUGGAGAACUUGACUGAGUUCAACACAGCCCACAACAAGCGCAUCUCCACCCUGACCAUCGAGGAAGGCAACCUUGACAUCCAGAGGCCCAAGAGGAAGAGGAGGAACUCGCGUGUCACCUUCAAUGACGAAGACUCCAUCAUCAAUCCGGAGGACAUCGACCCCUCGGUGGGACGCUUUAGGAACAUGGUGCAGACGGCCGUCGUCCCCAUCAAGCAGAAACGUCGCUCAGAAGGCCACAACACGUUGGUGCUGGACGACUUCCCCUCCAAACGCAUGCACAGUUACUCGCUUGGCGGCGGUCUCUACGGCGACCUGCCCCCCACCAGCCACGAGACCCAACCUAUAGGAGCCCCGGGCGGCGCCUCGAUGCAGGGCGGCCUCCCCUUGCCUUUCCCCAACCCGGCUCCGGAGGUGGACCUGGCCCCCGAGGCUCCCCGGCGCCCCGUCACCCUCAAGCCCACCCCGGUCGCGGUGCCCUACCUCCCAGAGACCCUCAACGAACCGCGCAAAAAGAAGUACGCCAAAGAAGCGUGGCCAGGCAAGAAGCCAACGCCGUCGCUACUCAUCUGAGCCGCUCGGCCCCCUGCGCGCUGACUCUUGGGUUCCGGCGGGGGACCGCUGCCAGGGAGGCCCGUGGCCGCUCCCACCUCGCAUCUUAUGUUAGCCGUCGGUCGCUUCAAGGUGCCUGAGGAGCCACGUAGAAACGAGAUACGACAUUUUGAUCUCACCGUUAGAAGUGUUUGCGUGUCACAGACAUUUUGUUUCUUCGUUUUCUGUUUUACACUCUCAUUUUCUCUCUUUUUGAUGGUUUUCGCAAAUGCCAUUAAUAAAUGGCAAAAAGAUAUUUUUAUACCCGAUAUUUUAAUGUGACAAGGCAUCACAUCUGUCGGUAGAGAAGCGACGUGGUGUUAUUGUGUUAAUGCACUUCAGAUACACAAAAGGUUGGGGAUGUUUGGCUUUUGCGCAGAAUUUAAGAAGGCGCUGGCACCUUUACUAGCCAAGUGUGUUAAUUCCUACACAAUACAGUCAUUCAUGGAUCAGGUCAUGAUUGUGUGCAACCUUGUCUGUUCGAAGUGCAUUGCUGCCAUCUUGUGGCAAAAUAGAAAAGAGACUGCGCACGCACUUGGUGAGCAGAGAGAAAGUCAAUCCAAACAAGGAGACUAUUUAAAUGAACAUAGGACUCAUUUGACGUGCAACAAGCUUCAUCCUAAAAUUUCACUCAAAAGCCAACCAUCCCUAACUUUUUGUGAGCAAUGUGCUCAUGAUCUUGUAUUCUUAGCGCCGUCUCUGUGAUGUGAUUAACUCAAUGAUAAUAAAACAAAAUUUGCGA